AUGAUUUUCUUAGACAGGUUUCCAGCGGGGACCCCUGCCGAUGAUAUACUUAAUAUCGACAAGCUGAUUGAACUGACUAAUGGUAUAAUCGACUUUUGUGGUAAGCACGAGGUCUUUGUCAGUCUGACAAAUUUAGAUUUACAAGGAGUUGCGUUGUAUCCCGUAAAAAAGGAGGUCGGGGGGAAUGCGAAGGUAUUACAGUUAGAAUAACUCAUACUCAUGCUUUUAAAUAUCUUUGGAUAUUCACCCGGCCUAUCACCUACGUAGGUUAUAGCCCGGGCGGCUAGUUUUGGCCGGCUCCUGUCAAUAGCGUGUACAGGUUCAAUCCGCCUAUCAGUCCCUUGGUGCAAGCCGCACCCAGUCAGCCAAACAGAUCACCAGUUGUUUGUGCAUGCACAAUAACCUACAAACCUAUAGGUUGCUAAUGCAGGGCUAUAACCCUAUAGGCAGAGGGUAGCACAAGGUUAUCAGAGAAACGCGCACGUGUCAACUAUAUUUAGCACAAGCACAUCUUCCUGGUAUUUAAAAUAUUCUCAUGAAGCACAUAAUUUAUUUAUUUGGUGAUUCGAUCCUCUUAUUUACGAAAAUUACAAAGCGAAGGAUGGGGAUUUCAAACAUUUUCUCGUAAUUAGUCAAAACCCAGGACCAUUCAGUCUAUUGUCACUUGCCCGCUGACUUCAGGAGUACAUUUUCCAAUGUCUGCUGCAAACCACAUCUAUCGAAGGAGCAUUGUGACCACAAUAGCUGAGGACCAAUUCUGAUUUAUGUUAGUCGGUCAUGAGCGUAUCCAUGUCACGCAAGUGUGCUUACCUCGAGAAUUGUAUACUGAUAUAAAAUCAAAUCAUACGACCUGAUUUUUAGUGUUUUACAGGUCGAAUACUAACAUCUUGCAGUCGCGUACUCAUAACUUGUUUUUGCGUCGUCUCUAGAUUUCACUUACCUGCGUGCAAACGUUUUAGGGGUUUCCCUGCAAUUUUCAAAAUCUCACUGCAACUUCUACUGCUUCUUGGUCAGUGAUAACUGUCUUUAAAAUUUUCAUAGUUUACAGUGACCUAUCUGCCUUUGGUCUUUUCGCGCGACACCAUCAUAGUGCCCUGGGUAGAAGGAACAGGAGAAUAAUAGUUGUUACAGUGCCUGUAUUAUUCCAUAAUACUUAUCGGUGUGAUUGCAUUCAGUUACGCCAUUUAACCUGCAGUGAAGUCGAAGGGAACGUAUUGCUAAAUAUGAAAGUUUGGUAUGCAUAAUCUUGUGCUAGAGUAAUUGUUAAGAACGGGGACGUUUUUCUCUUUAAGAAAAUCUCCAAAGCAGCACAGACCCACGAUGCAACAACUCUUGACGAACUUCUUGACAGGGAAAAGAAACUUGGUUGUGCUAAAAGGAGUUCUUCGGGGUCGUCAGCCCUCCUCUGGCUCUUUCGCACUGUGGAACUGAUUUUUGCCUUUUUGGCGGGCAUCGUAGAGAACCCACAGGCGGAAACACAUCAGGUCGGCCGAGACGCUUACUCCAAGACUCUGAUGAGGUACCAUCACAUAGCUGUCCGGAAAAUAUUUUACGUAAGCAAUACCAUGUUUCUAAAAUGUUUUGCUCUGUAACCUCGCCAGCUUGCAGACUUGCAUGUCUGAACAUUAAAGCCUGGGAUUCGUGCAUCGUCCUCAUAAAGUCACUUCUCUGCCGAAAAUUUAGUCAGUUCCUGAAUAAAGCUUUGAUAGGUGAAUGCUCAGAUGCACAACUCUUCUAGUGCACGUGUACUUUGAGGGGUUGCAUACACCUUUGUUCCCAAAUUAUGGAAACGGAUAGACCGUUAGGUAAUCGGACAUGUUUACCUGAAGACCUUGCAAAAUGAAAGCAAUUUAGCUCCAUAAUUUGGUUGAUACAACCAAACAGUUGUAUUUUGAAAACCACCCUCCGAGCGAUUUCCGAAUUUAAAGGUAAUGGAGAAACGGCCGAGUAUCCGGACUAGUUGUGGUUGUCCGUCCAAGGGAGGGAAGGACCCAAACCUCCGGACUACAUGGACACUGGCCUGACCUACAUCUUCAGUCACUGUAUUGAUCGUCGGACUCAUUAAACGAUAACGGCAAUUUUCCCAUUGAUUGCACGCGACAUUGUGCUGUGAGUAUGAUCCUCCACCACGGAGUGCGUCAUUAAGUGUACUUAGUCCUAAGGACAGUAUUCAAGCCGAACUGCUAUCGAUUAUGCUACGCCAGACUUCAGUCCGUGAUCAUCACAUGACCGGUGAUUACCCGUUCGGGUAUACAUGGAAGCGAAUAGGGAAUGUUGAUAGUCGGCAGAAACCAAGUGACGGGCAUAUUUUAUAUCCCGUUCCAAAAUUCGAAAAUUACAAUUAUUUUGGUUAGGGAGGUAUUUCGUCAAUUUCUGCCGCAACUUGCUAACCGAACCCUAUCACUUCAUGAAGUGAGCAGCAGCUAUCUUUUGAUAUACGGUCUCAUAGCGCACAAACACUGCAAUUAUAAUGUGACAGCGCGAAUCCGUUUGCCGUGAUAACAGGCGUUUAAGAUAAAUAAGGGCAGAAGGUAUAGCGUGGAAAAACUACGAUGCAUGUUCAGUAUGUGCCAUGGAGGUAUUCAUAUGUAUGCUCAAUGCAGUACCGACAAGGACGACGAGGACUGGGAUGACCAUUUCUGACUUGUCUGCCGUCGUCAGUCAGCCCUACCUGGCUCCAGGUUUUAGGGGCCCCUCAGAUUUGAAUCCAAGAUCAUUGAUAAUUGAGUAGAACGCCCAACCAUUGAGCCACGGGCCCGCUAUCCUGCGAUCGGAACUCCUUUCAGCAUUUAUGUGUUUGCCCUCAUGGGCACAACGGGACGAGCAUGUCCCGUGACCUGAAAGGCAAACGCAUUCUCAAUCCGAUGAAACGUUUUAUCAACAGCCUAAGGGCAACCCAAUAUACUCACCAAUAUCGGGUGUACUCGCAGGACUGGUAUUAAAACAACUAGGAGAAGAUGUUAUGCCAACUUUUAGGUCAAAAUAUGGCUUCGAUACGUAGAUGAUACAUUUUUAUCAUAAAGACCAGCGAAGUUGAGCAGUUGCAUCGGAGUCUGCAUAGUGCUUCGCCAGCUAUCCAGUUGACUCGCGAAGAGGCAACAGGAGGUAUCCUCCCGUUUCUAUACUGAGUAUCCAAAAAUCAGCUAACCUCGUAAAGAGCCUCCAUCGGAAAUGGUCCAAUACUGACAUCAUCCUUAACAAUGAAAACAACCAUCCUGCGGUCCAUAAAAGAAGCUGCAUCCGAGCCCUUCUCCACUGAGCCUCUCGUUACUGCACCAACGAUGAUCUACUCAGGAAAAGACUCACUAUCUUGUAUCGGCCAUUCCGUUUCAACGGGUACCCGAUAAAAUUUGUGCAAAACUCUCAGACACCAGAUACAAUCACAAAACUUCGGUCCUAAUGGAGAAACAGUUACGGAAAUUAUACUCUCUACCCUACAUACAGGGCACUCCCGAAGCGGUUGCCCGAUAAUUAAACCUGUUUGGAAUCUCCAUUCCUCCUUAUCCCUGCGCGCAACAUUAUCUCGGGUAAAAGACCCCAUACCCAAAGAGCAACAAACUUAUGUCAUCUAGCGUAUUCCGUGUGCUAACUGCUCUUGCACCUACCUUGAACAUACAUGCCAACGACUCGGAAUGCGUAUUAACGAAAAUAAACUGACUGUCUGCGGACGUGACCUUCUUUUCCCUCGUGUUUGCACACGCCCCUGAGUGCGACCAUCGCCUGAAGUGGUUGCCACGGCCAGCACUAAACAGCCGCGAGAAUUCCUCGAAGCCUGCCACUUUAGCACUACCACCAUUAAUCGCCAUGCCGGUGUAGACGCUCAUUGCGAAGGUCUGCAUGUCCAGCUCACUGUCUCACAGUCUUGCCAUUCCCUUACUCUAACAGGGCAAACCACAGCUAGAACUUCUAAGACCUCUAACAUUGACGCAUUGACCUCUGCCCCCAUGCCGCAUCGACGAUCGCUAUUUCACCGUUUGCAGUCUCACUGAAUCGUCAUUCCCCUUCCCUUCCAACAAGGCGAGCCGUAACAGUUCUCCGUCCACUCCCUCGCUCCAAAUCCUAUCGUAAUUAUGUGCCCACUCCUCACACACUAGUUGCCUGUUGGCCACUGCCUGUCCAGUCGCACUAACGGGCCCGGUUUGGCCACUUCACUUUCUCCUCUGUUCAUUUCAUCUGACGACGACAUGGUGUCACCAACUUGGAAAAUCUCGGGUAUAACUCGGUUUUUCCCGACAAGUCUUCUUCUUUCAUCUGAGAAUGCACGCCGACUUCGGUCUGGCAGUUGGUUGCCUGUGUGUGACCUUUGCCACCCAUACGCAGCUUGUUUGCUUCGGAAAGCCAAUUGAUUGGUGUGCGCCCAUUCCUGAGUGAAUAUAUAUGGAACGCAGGCAUCCCAAGAAAUAUAAUUUGAAGGGAAAUACGUCCUUUGGGAAAAGUAGAAAACUUUGUUAAGUAAAUUUUCGAUGCUGAUUCCCCGGGUUGUCGUCAUACUCGAGUAAAUGUUCAAAAAACAAUUAACAUUUCAAACGGGCUGAGAAAUAAACAUUCAUUUGGUGCUUCAACCAGUAAACGGUCGCCGUAUGCGUCGGUCUGUAUCGAUUGGCUUUCGUUUCUUCCACUUUUUCCUAAGAUUUUUGUACGUGGCAUCGAACUCGAUAUGCCUAUUGAUGCAUGAUUCAUCGGAGUACAUGGCUUCAAGGAACUCUGGGACUUUUUAGAUGGGCAAACUCCGACGAUGCCAGUUUUGUCCCAUGCGAAAGUGUGCCAGGUAUCAAGAGUGUGUAUGGCCAUUUGAGACAGGUGGUCUUGCCCCUUAACUGCCGGGUGAUGUUCGUGGGUGCGUGUAGAGGCAGAUUUUUCCGUCUAGUAGCACGUGGAAUUCUGAGAUCAUUUUCUACUUGAAAAGUACGAAGGUACUGUCCACAUACCGCGCCCAAAAUGUUGACUUGUAUGUUACGAGCACCAACACCUAUAACCUUUGGAAAAUCGCUUCAGCGAUGAAACCGGAUAGCGGUCAGUCCAUCGGCGUACCUCUGAUUUGCUUGUAAAAAGUCCCCUCAAAGGGGAAAUAGGAUUUGAGGCAGUAUUUGAGUAAUCGCACGAGGUAUCACGUUUAGGAGUGUUGUUUCAACGGCCAGACUCUGCGGUAUCGAGGUGAAGAGUGAGGUUACAUCAAACGAUACCGUGACCUCGUCUGUUUCGAGUUGUAGCUCAUCGAGUCUUUCCAAAAAGUGGACAGAUGAGCGGACCCUCGUAUCUGAGCCUGAGGUGAGGCAGUUCAGACGUAGGAACAUCCAUCUGGUCAGGUUAAAUGUCGGCGACCCGGGCAAAGACACAGUGGGACGAAGUGGGGCACCACCUUUGUGCACUUUGGGUAGACCGUGGGACCCUGUCAGGGCCGCUUGGGUCGGUGAAUAAAUUGGUGACGCAAAUGAACACAACGCUCCCCAUGCUACAGAAUAAUGGCGCGAUACUGAGGGCAGGACGACUGGGCGGCCAUGACUAGGCACUACGGUCUACCAAAAGUGCAAAAGGGUGGUCAUGAGAUCGAAGACCCCCCUGCCACGCGGCGAAACCGCAGAUAUCGUAUAUCGGGUCCGGUGCAGCUCCUGCGAAGCAAACUACGUUGGAGGGACCAGUAAUAGAUUGCAGACCCGCUUGAGCAAGCACACAAGAGCGGCGCGCAGAACGGAUCAGCUCUCGCUAGCGGCGGGACAUUACGCAGCUCCUGAUCGUACAUUCGCCUUCCAAGACGCCUAAAUCUUGGACUAAGGAAGCGAGCAGAUGGUCAGGAAGACGCUCGAAACCUGCCAUACCACAACUACCUCCAUCAACCGCUGUGUAACUGUCAGCAACCUUUCAAGCUCUACGGGUGCAGUUCAAUAAGCGACAAUGCGGGCGAGAAGGCAGACCGGACACGGCGAUAGUCGAACCCGGACCGAGCGAUAACACGGGUGGACGUGGAUGGUUAUCAGACACAAACGUAAACAGGGAACCGGUGACGAACGC